AUGAAGCCUGCUGCCCGGAUCACCACGGGGCCCGUGGAGAAUGAAAAGGAGACCUUAUUGACGCUCCUCCCGCAGUAUGGCCUGAAGCUGGCCCCAGAUGGUCUGCACAUCCAGUGGGCGUUGGGGAACCGUCGACACCCCCGGAACUGGAGUCUGAGACGCAAGGUGUACGAUACAGCGCUGAUUAUCUUCCUGGAGUUCUUCACGACUGCCGUCAGCACUGCCGGGUCUACGGCGGCUAACCAUGCUGUCGAUGAAUUCAACAUCCCCAAGGAGCUCUCCAUCUUUCUCUUCGUCUCCAUAUACCUCAUCGGCCAAGCCAUCGGGGGCGUCGUCUUCCCACCCUACUCGGAGGUCUUUGGACGCAAGAAGCUGUACGUGGCCAGCUCUGCCCUGUACUGCCUCUUCUGCAUCGUCAUUGCAUCCGUUCCAUCCCUUAUCGGCGUCGUGGUCGGCCGACUGUUCUGCGGCUUCCUCUCCGCCAUCCCCACCACCGUGGUUGUCGGCAGCAUCGAAGACAUCUUCAACUCCCGCGAGCGCGUCUGGGUAGUCUGCAUCUGGACCAUGUUUGCCAACCUCGGUCUUGUCGUCGGGCCCAUCCUCAGCACUUUUGUUGUAGCCGAUACCAACUGGAGAUGGAUGUUCUACCUGGCCGCCAUCGUCACCGGAAUUCACACCCUCCUCCUGCUCACCCUGCACGAAUCGCGCCCCUCCCUCCUCCUCACCACCGAAGUGCACACCCUCCGCAAAGUGACCAAAAUCCCGACCCUGGAAGGCCUCAACCCCGACAAAGCUCCCGACCUGCAAUCCUUCGUCCGCAUCGCCCUCUUCCGCCCCAUCCGUCUCCUCUUCACCGAACUCAUCGUCUUCAUCGUCUCCAUCAUCAGCGCCAUCGCCAUCGCCCUCGUCUACCUCUUCACCGAAGCCCUCCCCCCGAUCUACCAAUCCUUCGGCUUCACCCCUAAACAAGCCUGCCUCCCCUUCAUCGCCAUCGGCCUCGGUCUCACCCUCGGGCUCAUCACCCGCUGUCUCGACCUCCGCAUCAUAUCCCACCACCGGCACCAAGGCCGUCCGCUCCUCCCAGAAGACAAACUCACCGGGUUCUGGAUCGGAGCGCCCAUUCUCGCCGCCGCACUAUGGCUCUUCGCCUGGACCAUUCCCCCCGCCGUGACGCAUCUCCCCUGGCUAAUCUCCGUCGUGGCAUUAGUCCUCGUCGGCUACAGCCUCAACGAGAUUGACUAUGUGCUAGGUGGCUAUCUAACCGAUAGUUAUCUAAGUUAUGCGGCGAGUGGCCUCGCAGCGUUGAGUUUGGUUCGGGCGUUGUUGUCCGCUGCGUUGCCGUUGAUUUCGGCGCCGAUGUUGGGACGGUUGGGGGCCAAUUUCACCAUCUCGGUGUUGGCGGCCGUGGCGACGGUGUUUUGUGCCGUGCCGCCGUUGUUUUCGAGUGUCGAUGAGGAGGGGUAUUGA